AUAAAUACAACCAAAAUGGCCCCCCUUCUCUCCACUUGCUAUCAGCAGCUGCAGCUUCUCCAAGUCCACCCUACUACCCAAAACCAAAACCAAAAGCACUUUCCUCACUUUUACCAACCUUCUCCCUUCUCCUCCUUUGCUUUCAACAACCUGAACUCCGGCAACCGCCCUCCGCCACCACUCGCUACCACCAACCGAAAAAAACGACCAAAAGACAAAAAAAUGGAUUCGAACAACAUCAACAACUUCGGCGCUGCUUCCAGACCCUCCCCGACAUCAUCGACUGACAUGGAGCAGAUGUCGGAGACCCCUCAGCGCGGGUCUCACCACCGCCGGGCCCACUCCGACACCUCCUUCCGCAUCCCCAACUUCGACGACCUCCUCCUCUUCGACCCUUCCGACCUCGACCUCUCCUGUCUCCCCUCCCCAACCCUCCUGCCACGUGGCGGCAACAGCAGCAACAACAACAACAUCCCCAUGUCCCUCGACUCCGACGACUCCUCGGAGGGCCAACCACCCAAUCCCUUCUCCUCCACCCCCAAGCCCGCCGCUUCCUCCGGCUCCACCGCCACCGCUGCCCACCUCCGGAGCCUCUCCGUCGAUUCCGACUUCUUCGACGGCCUGGGCCUGGGGGAUUCCGCCAGGGAAGUGAGCGGGGGGCAGAGGUCUGGGCCCCACCACAGGCACAGUAGCUCGAUAGACGGCUCGUCUUUCGAUGCGGACUCGUCGGUGAUGACGCUGAAUGGCUUCAAGAAGUCCGUUGCUCCUGAGAGACUUGCUGAGCUCUCUCUGAUUGACCCUAAGAGAGCCAAAAGGAUAUUGGCUAAUAGGCAAUCGGCUGCGAGGUCAAAGGAGAGGAAGGUGAGGUAUACGAAUGAGCUGGAGAGGAAGGUGCAGACGCUUCAGACGGAGGCAACCACCCUCUCCGCGCAGGUCACUCUGUUACAGAGAGACACUACUGUCAUAACUGCUGAGAAUAAGGAGCUCAAACUUCGCCUACAGGCUCUGGAGCAACAAGCACAGCUUAGAGAUGCUUUGAAUGAGAAACUUAAGGAGGAAGUGCAGCGGCUUAAGAUUGAAACCAACCAAAUCCCACCCGGGGCUGGGAAUGGAAACCCUUUUUACCGAGGGCUUCCCCCUCAAUAUGGUCAGACCCAGCACCACCAGAACCACAACCAGCAGAACCAGCACCAGCAGCAUCACAACCAGAAUGUCGCCAAUGGGCAGGCUCACCCGAGCUUUAUGGACUUCAACGGGAGGGCAUAGAAACUCUCGCUGAAGUCAUUAACCACAGUUUAGGUAUUUCAUAAUGUUUUUUGAAUUAGAAGAGGUAAUAAAUCUCAUCAGAUAGCUUCUUGUACAGACUACAUACAUACAGGUAAUGUAUAUGUAUGUGGUACAGGACUGAAGGCUGUGAAGAUUGCUGCUCACCAGUACACACAGAACCCCACAGUACCCUGUAUCAGUUAAUUAAAAACUACAGAUCUACUCUUAUGUUAUUAUUUCUGGCGGAUUAGAAUAUCAUCUUAGAGUCCAAAACUUACAGGAACACCUUUUUACCGUCGUUGUACUUAUCGAACAAGCAACCUCUAGGGUUUAAACAGUUGGUUAUGCAUUGCUUAUAAGUUUAUAACAUCAAAUGUUGUGUUGGUCCCCUUUGCCAAGCAAUGUCAA